GGAACCCUGUUUCCUGGGGUUAACUAUUUUGUGGACAAGUUGGAAAUACCAAGUAACCUUGCAUCUCCGGAAUCACAUCAUGUCGAGGACCUUAACAGUGUUAAACAAUCUUGAGGGAGCUGCAUUACCAAACAUUCCAAGGCCACCGCUGUCAACGGAGAAGGAAAAGGAGAUCCAGGCAACAACGGAUAAUACUGCACAAUGCUCAGUCACCACAAUCUACGGUGCCGACAUUGCGAACUUGUACUGCAAAGUAAUGGCCACAUGGUGCAAAACCCCUACCAGUCAUUCCUUUACUAUCAGUGUAGAGAACCCUAAUGAUGAUCAAAAUCCCAGUACCAUCAAGAUCGAUUUAACUGGAUGGCAAUUUUGGAGAAGAAAAGGUCUGAAAAACAUGGAAGUAGAUGGCAAAAAGGUAGACAUUUACUGGGAUCUACGACAGGCUAAGUUCGACGAUAGCCCCGAGCCCUCCUCAGACUAUUAUGUGGCAAUGGUAUCUGGUGAAAAAGUGGCAUUAGUUUUAGGAGAUAUGAAGAUAGAUGCUUUCAAAAGAACCAGAAAAAAACCUUCCUCCGUAGACCCUACCUUGAUGUGCAAGAAAGAGCAUGUUUGUGGGAAAAAACUCUUCUGUUCCAAGGCCAAACUAGGUGAGGAGAAACAAGAACAUGACAUUAUAAUCGAGAAUUGUCUAUCCGGUCCCGACGAUCCCGAAAUGUGGGUUACCAUAGACGGCAUCGCCAUGAUUCGGGUUAUGAAUCUUCAUUGGAGGUUCAGAGGAAAUGAAAUAGUCACAGUGAACAAAACACCGGUACAAGUUUUCUGGGAUGUGCAUGAUUGGUUAUAUAAUAAAAGUCCCGGUUCUAGCCAUGGAUUGUUUAUUUUCACACCAGCUGAACCAGGUUCUUCAGACUCCAAAGCUAAAAGUUCCAUCAUCAACGACGACGACUAUUGCAACAUAAAUGAUCCAAAAUUUUGCUAUGUUCUAUAUGCUUGGAAAACCGGGUGA